AGGCCCUGGCGGGGGGGAGGGGGCUGCUGGCGAGUAACUGUCCUGGGGGAGGCGGGGUCCGAGCCGGCGCUGGAGGCCUGGGGCCAUGGUGUCCGGGGUGUAGUGGAGGCGCCGGGCGGAGCAGCAGGGGGCACCAUGAUCAUUGAGAACGUGGACGCCCUCAAGACCUGGCUGGCCAAGUUACUGGAGCCGAUAUGUGAUGCAGACCCUUCAGCCUUAGCCAACUAUGUUGUGGCAUUAGUCAAGAAAGACAAACCAGAGAAAGAGCUGAAGGCUUUCUGUGCUGAUCAGCUAGACGUCUUUCUGCAGAAAGAAACUUCAGGUUUUGUAGAUAAACUGUUUGAAAGUCUGUACACAAAGAACUACCUUCCUUCCCUUGAACCAGCAAAACUAGACCCGAAGCCCGCAGGUCAGGAAAAAGAAGAAAUCAAAGAGGAGGUAAUAUUAACUUCCCAUCCACCUGCUUCUAUAUUUCAAGAGUCGUUUGAGGAAGAACGAGAUGGCAGGAAAAAGAAGUAUCCUAGCCCACAGAGAAACCGUUUAGAUUCUAAUGAACAAAGAACCAGAGAGAAAAAGAGAGAUGAUGUCAAAUGGAGAGACUAUGACAGAUACUAUGAUCGGAAUGAUUUAUAUAGAGACAAAUACGACUGGCGAAGAGGCAGGAGUAAAAGUCGUAGUAAAAGCAGAGGCUUAAGCCGAAGUCGUAGCCGCAGCGGGGGUAGGAGCAAAGACCGGGAUCUGAACAGAAAUAUUGCAGAACACAAGGAGAGAGCAAAAUUCAAGAGUGAAAGGAAUGACAUGGAGAGCUCGUAUAACCCAGUGUCUUUGUCAUCCAGUAAUUCUACUGAACAGUAUUCCUCUGCGCAGUCUAUUCCCAGUGCUGUUACUGUGAUUGCACCUGCUCACCAUCCUGAGAACACAACAGAGAGCUGGUCAAAUUAUUAUAACAAUCAUAGUGUUCCCAAUUCAUUUGGCAGAAAUCCUCCGCCUAAAAGACGAUGUCGAGAUUAUGAUGAGCGAGGAUUUUGUGUACUUGGCGACCUUUGCCAAUUUGAUCAUGGAAAUGACCCUUUAGUAGUAGAUGAAGUUUCAUUGCCAAGCAUGAUUCCUUUUCCACCACCACCCCCAGGACUCCCCCCUCCUCCUCCUCCUGGUAUGCUAAUGCCUCCAAUGCCAGGCCCAGCUCCCAGUAUGAGAAUGCCAGGCCCACAAGUACAUCCUCGGCCACCACCUCCUGUCGUGCUUCCUGUAUCAAGACCACCUUUAACACAGUCAAGUUUGAUGAAUAACCGUGACCAGCCUCGGACAAGUGCAGUGCCCAAUCUUGCACCAGUGGGAGCAAGACUACCUCCUCCUUUACCCCAGAACCUACUGUAUACAGUAUCAGAACAUACAUAUGAGCCAGAUGGUUAUAACCCUGAAGCACCUAGUAUUACCAGUGCUGGUAGAUCUCAGUACCGACAGUUCUUUACUAGAACACAGACACAGCGUCCAAAUCUGAUUGGCCUAACAUCUGGGGAGAUGGAUACAAAUCCAAGAGCGGCGAACAUUAUCAUCCAGACUGAAACUCCCAUUUCCAUUGCAAAUAACAGCAGCAAUGUAACCAGAGUGGUGCUUGAGCCAGACAACAGGAAAAGACCUCCAAGUAGCAUGGAAGGGCCAUCUGUAAAGAAACCCUGGAUGGGAAAGCAAGCCAAUAACCAGAAUAAACCAGGAUUUCUGAAAAAGAAUCAAUACACUAACACCAAGCUGGAAGUUCGAAAAAUCCCCCCUGAGUUGAAUAAUAUUACACAACUCAAUGAACAUUUCAGCAAAUUUGGAACUAUUGUUAACAUUCAGGUUGCUUUCAAGAAUGAUCCUGAAGCUGCUUUAAUUCAAUAUUUAACUAAUGAUGAGGCCAGAAAGGCCAUUUCCAGCACAGAGGCAGUUUUAAACAAUCGAUUUAUAAGGGUGCUGUGGCACAGGGAAAAUGAGCAGCAGCCACCACUGCUGCAGCAACACCUGCACCAUCACCAGCAGCCACCGCCACAAUCUCUGCAUCACCAGCUUCAUCUUCAACAACAAACGCUGACUGCCCAACCUCCAGCUGCAACAGUACAUAGCAAUGUGUCAAAGGUGAUAACUAAACCCCUGGCAUCGGGUGCCUAUGUUCUUAAUAAGGUUUCAGUUAAACGUCGCCUUGGAGCAGCAGGUGGAAACCAGACAGAUGCAGCACAUUUGUUAAACCAGUCCAGUGCUACUGCAGAGGAUUCUCAGACAUUUCCUACUCCUGCAAGCCAUACCAAAAUGGUGUAUAAUUCCCCAAACUUAAAGACAUCUGUGAAAUCUGGCACAGGAUCUAAAUCCCAUGAUGUUCAAGAGGCCCUUAAAAAGAAACAGGAGGCAAUGAAGUUACAACAAGAUAUGAGAAAAAAGAAGCAGGAGAUGUUAGAAAAACAAAUAGAAUGCCAAAAGAUGUUGAUAUCUAAGCUGGAGAAAAAUAAAGCCACGAAACCAGAGGAGAGGGCAGAAAUAAUGAAGACCUUGAAAGAACUAACAGGAAAAAUCUCUCAGUUAAAGGAUGAAUUGAAAACUUCUUCUGUAGCCUCCACGGCAUCAAAACUGAAGUCCAAGACAGAGGCACAAAAGGAGCUUUUAGAUGCAGAACUGGACUUUCAUAAAAGACUGUCUUCUGGAGAAGAUACAACGGAGUUGCGGAAAAAGCUCAGUCAACUACAGGUUGAGGCUGCCCGUUUAGGUAUCUUACCUGUAGGUCGAGGGAAGGCGGUAUCUGCUCAGGGCAGAGGAAGAGGACGAGGUCGUGGUGGGAGAGGAAGAGGCACAUUGAAUCAUAUGGUGGUGGAUCACCGCCCCAAAGCUCUAACUGUUGGUGGCUUCGUAGAAGAGGAGAGAGAUGAAUUAUUACAACAUUUCUCUAAAUUUGGUGAUAUUGAAGACCUCCAAGAAGAGGAUUCUCCUUUAAGUGUCAUUCUGACUUUUAAGUCCCGCUCAGAAGCUGAAAAUGCUGCUAACCAAGGAUUAAGAUUCAAAGACCGAAGACUACAGAUAUCAUGGCACAAACCUAAGGUACCGUCUGUGUCCACAGAAAUUGAGGAAGAGGAGUCCAAGGAAGAGGAGACUGAAACCUCAGAUUUAUUUUUGCACGAAGAUGAUGACGAUGAUGAUGAAGAUGAAGAUGAAUCCCGUUCUUGGAGAAGAUGAAACUUGAUUUGGAAUUGUAUAGUUUUAGGAAUAUAGUUUGAACUACAACUUUUAAAAAUUUAUUUAAGAAAGUUGAUGAGCCAAAAAAAAUUAUUUUAUUUUACUUUUCAAAACACACAGUAGAUUUCAAGUGAGAACAAGUUUGUGAUAUGAACGUGACAGAUACUUAGCUGUGAUACUAGGUCAGCCAAAGGCCCAAUGACUUUUUACAGAGUUAUAAAGAUCAUCAGUGAUGGUAGUCCUCCUAUAAAGAAGAAACUUAUGAAUAUUGUCAAGCCCUUUUUUCACACCACCUGUAUUAUCUUGUUUUUUAAUGCUUUGAUUUAUUAGAUAUAAAUGAAAAAAUGUUACAGGCUUUAUUUAGUAAUGUUAUAGGGUUGCAGGAGAGAGCUGCAGACACAUUUUCAUUAAAUGUCAAUUGCCUCAUGUUUGCUAACUCAAAAAGGGCAAUAUUUUAUUACAUGUGAAGUCAGCUAUUGUAGGAAAUAUUUGUGUCUGAAUUCAUUUUUUGCUUAAGACCUGUCUUGAGAGCCCCACACAACUUCAGUGUAGAAGACCCCAACUUUUCUGCCUUCUAGUGUUUUUGUCUUCUGUUUCCUCUUGCAUACGUUAAUAGGGAAUUAGCAUGAUACUGCCUGGUACUAGUUCACAGUAAAUUGCUUUAAAUCUUGUUUCACUGUGAAACAUUAGCAGUGACACUGAUAUCUGUGUCAUUAGCAUAUUGUUUCCAUUCUUUCACUGUCAGUGUCAAUUCCUUCUUACAGUUUGGAUGCAAGAGUCAAGCUUAAUCCAGGCUGAUUUCUUGCAUUGUCAGUGUUGGUAAAUAUCAAUCCUGUUAAACUGUAUAGAGUUCUAAAACAAGCAACCAUGAGAACCCUCUUCUCUCACCUCCGCAAUGUGACCAGGUCUGUCACUUUUAUUAAUAUUCAGGCCAAACCCAUACAGUGUUCAGAGCAAGUUUUAUUGUUUUUUUGGCCCAUGGAAGGUCAAUAUCCUAUUAUACCAAACCAGCACUUUAAGUGAUAUGAUUCUUAAGACUAGUGUUUAAAACUCACUUUAAGAUAUAAAUACGAAUAGUUUUCCUAAAGUGCAGUUUCAUUUAAAAGCAGGUAAAACAGACAACAAAAUUUUCAAUUGCCUUUGUCUUUAUACCACUUUAAAACAAAAAAGCACCAAGAAAGAAAUGAUGGUGAUUUUGGUAGAAAUGGGGCUAAGAAGUUUAGACCCUCAAGAGCCAUAGAUCUUCGUAACUCUGUUAUGUGGGUCUUGCUGUUCAUGAGCAUAAAUACAUUAUCCAGUAGGCUUUUUCCUUCACUCUGUAGGCAUCUGUACUGUACACUUUGUACAGUUAGAGUUAUCUGGUAUGUAAGUAGCCAUGUAAAAUAAUGUCUUUGCAUUCUAAAUGUCUGUUUGAAGGAGCAGAGCAAACACUCUCUUACCAACUGCUGGGAUUCUAAACAGCUUAUUAUAUACAUGUACCAAAUGCAUACAUUCUUGGCUUUAGAAAUCAUAUAUUGCUUUCAGAUAUUAAGCACACUAGAGUAUUUGGCAACUGUUUCCUGAUUCAAAAUAAAUACAACAUGUACCAGAAAUUUUAAUUUAGGCUAAACAUAGCUAGUUACUUGAAGUCAUGUUCUUUCAGGUUGCCCCUCAUGCUCUUCCUCUCCAUUUGAAUAUCCUUUUGCUGUGGUAAUAUGUAAAAGAAGCCAAAACUUUAUCGCUUUAAGUUUCAGUGUCAGUUGGAGGGAAUAUGUCCUUCAAUAUUUCCCCCCUUCAUAUUAAGACUUCCAUUUUCUAAUUAAAUACUGCAUUCCUACUACUGCUGAGUUUAAAUUUAUGAAGGAAUGAUGAAAAAACAUAAAUACUUUGAACCUAGAAGAAUAAUCCUUGCUCUUCUCCCACCAUCUCUAAUAUUUUCUUAAUGUCUGUGGCUCAGUGUAUGUUUUGAUAGAUCCAUUACAGCAAAUGUUUGAGUCCUGACAGUUUAAAAAAUGAUAGAGGGAACAAAGGAUUUAUAUAUUUUUUUUGUACAGAGUUUUUCUUAAACUGUAUAAUUUUGUAAAUAUUUUGCUUUUUGUGUACUAAAACUACCAGCGUAUAGAUUUCAAUAAGAAUUGUUGUAUUUUUGUAUUUGGAAACUAAAGAUUACAGUGAAUGAAUGAAGCUGUAAGGCAGUGUUGUUUUCAAACUGGGGUCAUCGCUUGUGUAGGGAAAGCCCCUUGCGGGCUGGGCCGGUUUGUUUACCUGCCCUGUCCGCAGGUCCGGCCAAUCACGGCUCCCACUGGCCCCAGUUCACCGCUGCAGGCCAAUGGGGGCCGCUGGAAGCAGCAGUCAGUAAGUCCCUUGGCCCUCGCCAUUUCCAGCAGCUCCCAUUAGCCUGGAGCAGCGAGCCGUGGCCAGUGGGAGCCACGAUCGGCUGGACCUGCGGACGGGGCAGGUAUACAAACCGGCCCAGCCCACCAGGGGCUUUCCCUACACAAGCGAUGACCCCUGUUUGAGAACCACUGCCGUAAGAGAAAUUUCAGUAGCCUUUGACACAGUUAAACAAUGGGGUUUCCUUUUCAUAUGGUUUUAGCACUAAAAGGACACACCUUAUCGGCACACUUUGUUGAGAGACACUUUUGCCCUUGCUCAUAUGUAUUGGCUUUUUUAGUUUGGUGAGCUAGGAGAGAGGUAAGGGUGGAAGAUUUAUUUAAUGGGCUUUGGAGAGAUUUGUAUAGCAUUUUCUUUUGGUAUACACAUUGGUAGCCUUACAUAAAUCCGCAAGUGACAUCCCAAACAUGAUUUCUAAGCAUUGAAGCACAAAGGUGCGUUGUGCUUCCGAACUUGGCUUGUGUAUUUAAAACAUGCUGUUAUAUUAUUGGGAAUAUAAGUGAUAGGCAGCAUAAUAGUAACUGACUUAAUUCUGGUAUUUAAGGAGUGGAAAAGCUGUUUGAAAGUGACCUUCAUUUUUCCAAAGCUAGAGGAUCUCCCUGAGUUGUAUUUUAGGGCUUAGUAGGUAAUACUAAAUUGUUUAUUUUUAAGUAGGUAACUGAGAAUGCCCAUUUUAUUUUUUAUGGUAACAUUUUAUUUUUAUUAUGAAAUUAUAAUGUACACCUUCAGAAAGUACAGUUGACUUAAUUCAUAAUCAGUACUAUAUCAAUAUAUGAAUACCAAGCAACUUACAUAUAGGAAAUUUAAAAUAAAAUGUUACCAAACUAAAGCCUAGUUUACAGACAAUACAACUGUAUAUGCUAAACAUUAAACCUUGGUAUGAAGAAUUAUUCUUCAUUUCUUUAUCAUCACAUUAAGUUCUUAAGUAUAACAAAGCCCAUGAGCUGAAAAGAUUCAUUUUGAAAACACUUGCCCGUUUAUGAUGAUGUUUCAGCAGUUUUUUAACAAAAUCAUGUGAAAAGGAAUAUAAGUUCCUCUUGAUGUAUAGUAAACUUGUACUAUAGUUUUUACAAAAUUGUGAACUUGUGUAAUAGUAUAAUAGGAGAUAUUGUUGAAUUUCUAACUGUUUAUACAUUUAAAUUCAUAUAUGUAAUGUUUGUUUUAUUGAUUACAAUCUGAAUUUCUAAGAUGCAUGUUGACUUUUUGCAAUAAAGAUAUAAUAUGGAAUGGUUCAAAAUUUAAAAAAAGGAAAAAAGAAAAAGCUACAAAUAACUAACUUAAAAAAAUUGGAAAACUGAAGAACCAUUCCAAAAAAUUACAA